AUGGCAGACUAUGAGAGAAUACGCUUAGUGGUGCUCGGCGGAGCUGGGGUCGGAAAAAGCGCUAUCAUCAGGCGGCUUCUCGGUCAAGGUUUCACCGAAAGAUACAGACCUACUGUCGAGGAUCUUUAUUCGAGGGAGUGUAUCCUUGGGACGAUGACAUUCAAAGUCGAUCUUUUGGACACCGCAGGUGAUUUACAAUUUCCAGCAAUGAGAAGACUAAGUAUAGCAACAGCACACGCAUUUUUAUUAGUUUACGCAGCAACAUCAUCCCCAAGUUUUGACUGUGUCAAGAUGGUCUUCGAAGAAGUUAGAGAACAGCGACCUGACUACCAAGAAGUGCCAAUAGUAGUAGCAGGGAAUAAAUUGGACUUGGCGUCGGUGAGACGUGAAGUACCAAUAGAGGACGUGAGCGAAUGGCUGUUCUGCGAGCUGCCAAAACUCCGUGCCAAAGUGAUGGAGUGUUCGGCUAAAGACGACUACAACAUCAAGGAACUUUUCAGGUGUUUUGUCACCCUGUCGAAAAUAAUCCCGAAAAACCCUACCGGGGAACUCGACGAGUCUGGCUUGAGGAGAAGGUGUUCCGCUUAUGGAUCCAGACGAUCCGGAAGCCCUAAUGGAAGAACCGGUAGCGCUGGUUCGGGGCCUACGCAACAGGUACUAGCCGCGCAAGGAACAAGUGUAGUCGCGGUUGCCGAAGAAGUAAAAAGCAAACCUCGCAGCAGGAGUCUGAUAAGACGCGCCUCCAGGAAGACAAAGCAGCAAAUCCGCGAGUCUCACGCCGACGAUUGUAAUAUUUCCUAA